CCGCCGUCGCCUCGCGCUUCCCUAUUCACUGUCGAUGUGGACAUGGCGGUUGACGGGCUUAGUGAUUCUGACGAGGAGAAUAUUUUGUAUGAUUUAUUAAUAAACACAGAAUGGCCGCCGGAGACGGACACGCAGCUGAGAGGGAAGGAACAGAGCUCGUCUUUGGUGGCAAAGGCACUGACUGGGCCAUUUAGGUUUAUUCUUCACUACUUUUGGUACAGUCCUUCCAGUUCCUCCCUGCCCUCGGGACUCGUUCGACUUGUCAGUAAACAAAUUAACUGGCAGCUAGUGCUUGCAAGUAAUGGGAAGUUGCUUGCUGUUGUUCAAGAUCAAUGUCUAGAGAUCAGGUCUGCGAGAGAUGACUUUGGUUCAGUCAUUGGAAAAUGCCAAGUGCCCAAGGAUCCGAACCCGCUGUGGAGGAGGGUGGCCUGGAGCCAGGACUGCACCUUGCUGGCGCACGCAGACAGCAUGGGCACAGUGCGCGUCUUCGACCUGAUGGGCAGCGAGCUCUUCGUCAUCCCUCCGACUGCCAGCUUCCCAGGGGAUUUCAGCUAUGCCGUGGCAGGCCUUAUCUUCUUGGAGUACACGAGCAGUGCCCAGUGGUCCGCGGAGCUACUGGUCAUCACCUACAGGGGUCAUCUCAAAAGUUACCUGGUCAGCGUGGGGACCAAUCAGGGCUUCCAAGAGAGCCACAGCUUCAGCUUUGCCACGCACUACGACCAUGGCAUCACUGCUGCUCUAUACCACCCUGGACACCGGCUGCUGCUGGUGGGGGGCUGCGAGGUGGGGGGCUGCGAGGCCUCCAAGGCUAGCCGCAGUGGACUGACUGCAUGGAGGGUGUUGUCCGGGUCCCCCCACUACAAACAGGUGACCAGCGCAGAGGCCGAUCUGGGCUUGGCCCAGAGACGAGGGCUCUUCAGAUUUCCCAGCUUUCGUUUCUUUUCCAGGCAAGGCAAUGAGAAGGACGGCAUAUUCCGGAUGAGCCUUUCCCCUGACGGCUCCGCCUUGGCAGCAAUCCACUUCUCAGGUCAGCUGACGCUGUGGGAGGUGCCUUCCCUGCGGCAGAGCGGCGCAUGGAUACAGGAGUCCCAGCCAGGAUUCGAUGAGAUGAACCCGGAGUGGAGGAACUCACUGGAGAAAAGGAGGAAAAUGAAAGAUAAGGAGCAGUACUACCCGCUGCUGGAUGUCAACUGGUGGAGCGAGAGUGCUGUGAUCCUGGCCCGUUGCUCUGGAGCGCUCACCGUCUCGUCCGUGCGGACUCUGCGCAACCUGCUGGGCAAGUCCUGCGAGUGGUUUGAACCUUCUCCGCAGGUCACCACUGCCCAUGAUGGGGGCUUCCUCAGCCUGGAGUGUGAGACAAAGCUGGCUCCAAAGAGGCCCCGUCCUGAGAGCGGCGCGGGUGCGGUCAUGGGCGAGGAUGACUGUGGCGCCGCCGAUGAUGACUCGAGCUCUGAGGAUGAGGGCUCUGCCCGGGCUCGCUACCUGGGCUAUGUACAGAGGGGGCUCUACUACGUGACGGAGAUGGAGCGGUUUGCUCCGCCACGGAAACGCCCACGAACUGUAAUGAAGAACUACCGCCUUGUAAGCCUGAGGUCCACCACGCCAGAGGAGCUCUACCAGAGGAAGAUUGACAGCGAGGAGUACGGAGAGGCCCUGUCCUUGGCGCAGGCUUAUGAUCUCGACUCAGACCUCGUCUACCAGCGCCAGUGGAGGAAGUCUCCUGUGAGCAUCGCAUCCAUCCAGGAUUACUUGAGCAAGAUCAGGAAGCGCUCAUGGGUCCUGCACGAGUGUGUGGAACGGGUACCUGAGAACGUGGAUGCUGCCAAGGAGCUCCUGCAGUAUGGCCUGAAGGGCACCGACCUAGAAGCGCUCAUUGCGAUCGGCAACGGCCAGGAUGGUGGGAGAUUCAUCCUGCCUGGUGACGUGGAUGUGGACGACGAGCCCUAUGAAGAAUUCCUCUCGCCGGCAGAGGAGCUCCGCAGGAAGAAAGAGCUGGAGGCUCGAAGGAGGCUAGAGCUGUUGGAUAAGGUGGACUUCAGCAGACUCACCCUGGAGCAGAAGGAGCUCUGCAGGAACAGACUGAAACUGCUGUCUUAUUUGGACUGCUUGGCUACUUAUGAGGAAGUGCUGGGCGGCCCACAUGCUGCAGAGCAGAGAUACGAUGCAGAGUUCUUCAGAAGGUUCCGGAAUCAGAAUAUUGUGCUGUCAGCAAGGACCUACGCCAGGGAGAGCAAUGUGCAAGCGCUGGACAUCCUGUUCACGUAUCAUGGCGCCGAGCUCCUCCAGCAUCGUCUAGCCAUCUUGCACAACUUUCCAGAGACUACUUCUCCUCACGAGUAUGCUGUGCUCCUCCCGGAGGCUAGAUAUGACGACGAAGGCAACCUGGUGCUGAUACCCUGGGAUGAGCAGAGGCACCGGGAGCAGGAUUGGUGUGAGAAGCAAGAGUGCAGGGCGGUGCUCGAGUGCCAUGUGCAGGACGAGGACCGCUUCCUGUAUGACGAACAGCCGGAGCUCUUCCGGUUCCGAGCAGCGACACCCUCCAUCGAGCUCUUGACGGACUGGUACCUGCAACGGGCAGGGGACAUUGACAGCUGCUCCCGGCAGGUGGAUUGCGCUCUGUCACUGGUGCGCCUCGGCAGGGAGAGGGACGUUCCCGGCUUGGAGCAGCUGUGCGAUGACCUGGUGACCCUGGAGACACUGGUGUACGAGGCCGGCGAGCUGAGCCUCACGCUGAGGGAACUGCAGCACAUGAAGGACAUCGACAAGCUGAGGCUGCUCAUGAAGAACUCGCCCGAAGAGCGCUAUGUGAAGAACGCUUACCAGUGGAUGGUGCCCUUCCUGCACAGGUGCGAGAGCCGUGACCCGGGCUCAGCUCGCACCAUCCUGCGGGAGUACCUGGUCAGCCUGUCCAACGAGGACCUCUCCCUCCCGCUCAGGAUAUUCCAGCACUCCAAGCCUGACUGUCAGCAGAAGAUCAUUGGAGACCAUGACCAGCUCAUGUCUGUUGCCCUGGAGUGCAUCUACAGCUGUGAGCGAGACGACCAGCUCUCCUUGUGCUACGACAUCCUGGAAUGUCUACCUCAGCGAGGUUACGGGCCAGAAACCAACCUGACCAGGACUCUUCACGACCAGGUGGAUAAAUUAGAAAAGCACCUGAGUGUGGCCGAGGUGCUGGAGAAGCACGGACUGCAGAAGCCCAUCUCUUUCGUGAAGCAGAGCCAGAGCAGCCGAGAGGAGGCCCACCAGCUGAUGGUGAAGCUCACCCGUCAUGUCGGACGCAAGACACCUCCAGUGAGUGAAAACUUGUGGAAAGGGCUGCUGCAGGACAUGCUGGACAUACAGCGCAGCGUGUACACCUGUCUGGAGCCGGACACCUGCCGCCAGAUCUUCGCCGAGAGUUUGCUGUGUUCCAGUCGGGUGGAGGGAAUCCGAUUGGCGGGACAGCUCCUGCAGCGCAGUUCCAUCUCCUUGGACAUCCCUGCCGGCCCUUCGUCUCCCCCGAAGGUGCCGUAUCAGAGGAGCGUGGAGCUGGUCCUGGCAGCGGCCCGCGAGUACUUCAACUCCUCUGCGACACUCAGCGACAGCUGCAUGAGUCUUGCACGCUCUUGUUUACAGCUGAUCUCGGAUUGCCCCCCUCCCAUCAAGGAGGAGCUGGACUUGAUCAGCGCCCUCAGCCACCUGGAAGACUUUGAUGUUAAGAUCCUCCCUUUACAAGUGCGCCUGCGGAGCGACCGGCUCACGCUCAUCCGGGAGUGUGUGAAGCAGUGUCCCACGGCCUACAGGCAGUCGGCUCUCCUCCUCGACCUGGCAGCUCUGUUGCGCGUAGCAGGUGACGACGAGCUGACGCGGAGGGGCCAGGUGCUGGCGUUGCUGGCAGAACAGGCCCUCAAGUGCCAGGACCACAAAGCUUCCUACAUCCACUGCCAGGAGCUCAUGGCUGCAGUUUAUACUCCUGGGUGGCUCGUCUGCAGCCAGCUGGCCCAGUGUGACAUAUACCGGGAUCUGGAGGCCCGCAGAGAGCUUGUGGCCUUCGCCCUCACCCACUGCCCACCUGAGCACAUCCAGGGCCUACUGGCCACCAGCAGCUCCCUGCAAACCCAGAUCCUCUACCAGGCAGUGAACUACCAGAUGGACCGGUCCCCAGAGGAGCAGGACCACCCAGAGAGUUCCGUGGAGCCGACUGUGGACACCCAGCAGGCUGACGAACGAACCCCCGGGACCAGCCUCUCCUCGGACUUGCUGCACAGAACCACGGCGCGCACCCUGGAAGUGGUCUCCAACACAACGGCGAGCACCAAGGCGGUGCUGCAUGCCAUGAGCGACUCGCAGUGGUGGAGGGCAUCCGUCCGUUACCUGCGACCCCUGCGUGGUCAAGAAGCAGGUUGUGCACGGAAGGAGCCGUCGGGGGGAAAUGCAGAUUUGGAAAGACAAGGAUGCUUCCCGUUCUACGAGUCGCUGUUCGAUAAUCCCUGCGUCCAGGAAAGCGAAGAACUCUACACGCCAUACAGUCGCACUCCGGUGGAGGACUUCGCAGAGGUUUUGCUCCGCACCGGGAAGCUCGCCGAGACGCGGAGUGAAGGGCAAAGCGUGUUCCCUGCCACGGAAGUUCUCCUUCAACUAGCCAGCGAUGCCCUGCCCAAGGAUAUAACACUAGCACUGGCCUACCUACUCGCACUGCCUCAGGUCCUGGAUGCCAACAAGUGUUUUGAGAAGCAAGCUCACUCGGCGUUAUCGCUACAGCUGGCUGCAUAUUAUUACGCCCUGCAAAUAUAUUCACGACUGGCUCCCUGUUUCAAGGACAAGUGCCACACACUUUACCGGGCAGACCCCAAGGAGCUGAUUCAGCUGGUCACCUGCUGUGUGGCGGACCGCGGUUCGGAUCUUGGCUCGGACGAGCUGCACCAAAUGAUCAGCCAGCUGCAGCUGUACAACGAGCGCCUGACGGACUUCACGCAAGCCCAGGUCCUGCAGGGGCUCGGUCGCGGUGUGGAUGUGCAGCGCUUCUCGGCUGACGCCAAAUACAAGAAGGAGACCAUCCUCGGCCUUGCAGAAACGCUCGAGGAGAACGUGUACCAGAUAUCCCUGUCUCUGGCCCAGCGAUACCGUGUCCCUCUCUGGGACGUGUACAUGACACAUCUGGAGUUCCUCUUCACUGACAGUGGGCUGUCGACGAAGGACAUUGAGAGCCGGAGUGGAUCUCUGGGCCUCUUUGAGAUACUCAAGAGUGAUCCGCCAGCCUUCUACAGGCACAUGAGCAAGUACGUGUAUCCCAGCAUUGAGGGCUCAGACCUGAGCCGCUUGCUCUACUACUUCAGCCUGCUUGAGGCCUGCGGCUGCUCCAGUCUGGCCGGAGAGAAGGUUACCCCCGCCGAUCAUGUGAAAUUACUGAAGAAGCUCAAGGCCGUGGCCACAGGGCUGGACUACAAAAAGUUGAUGGACUUGGACGCGGACCCUCUGGACGCCCUGCAGCCAGUGCUGACCAGUCAGAACGUGCUGUCCAUCUCCAAGCUGGUCUCCAGGAUUGCUCCAAAGGCUGGGGUGGCGCUGUCCCCCAGCAGGGUGCACGGCGCCUGGCUGCACAAGCUCUUCUGGAAGGGGGACCCCCAGGUCCUGAAGAAACCUCCGCAGACGGGCGCCGAUUUCCUGCACGCCUACGACGCCUGCGCCAAGUACUUUGACCGGCUAACCCCAGCAGAUGCCACCGCUUUUGUGGAUGCCGUGACUUUCUCUCCUGAGGCGGUUGAGCAGCUGACCGUGGACAUAAGGUCAGAGGUGACCAGGCGAGCCCUGCGGGCCGUCAGACAGGCAGGCGAAAAAGUGAGGAAGAGGAGUGCCGAAGAGGGCGAGAGCUCAGCCACCGGCUUCGAGAAGGCUCUCGACCACCUGCAGCAGUCACUUGCUCACCUGGAGACCCUGAGCCAUGGCUUUGCACUCUUCCUGCGCAGCAACGGCCAGGAACAGCUGCAACGGUACGGCCAUUUGUACGACAUGUCCAGGUCCGAGAAGGACAAGAUUCACGAGCUGGCCAUCACCAUGGCGAUAGACGGACAGCCACUCGAUUACGUGAAGCAGCUGCUCGACGUGGCCACGGGGCCUUCGGAUGACACCCCGAAGCGCGUGGUGCGAGACGCUGUCGAGAGGGUCGUUUCAGCACUGAGGCGAGACGAUGGGGCGUUGGCAGACGGCAGAGACGCCAUGGAGGUCCUCCAGGGGAUCGUGGCAGCGGUGCGCACCAGCGUGCAGUCAGGCGGUGACCUCGUCUCCUCGGACGACCUCCUGGGUUGGCUGCGGCCCUUCUGCGGGGACACGGCGGUGGCAGCGCGCCUGCGUGUCCAGGUGCUACAGGCUCUGGAGCGAGACUUCCCGCUGAGCGAGCACGACCGUAGGCUGCUGUUGCUCUUCCGCAGCCAGACCGUGCUGCGCUCCUGCUGGCCGCACACACAGCUGGACAUGGCUGAUGUGGAGAGCGAGAUGAAGCGCCUCGAGCUCUUCCAGAAGCUCCUGGCCACCAGCUCUAGGUGGGAGGAGCUGCAGCACCUGGCUCUGCUCCUGCAGGUCUGGCCUCCCACCACGAGCGACACCCUAGUCCACUCUGUAGAAAACCCCUGGGUGAAGCUGACUGCAGCCAUGGUGUCCAGCUGUGUCCCGGAGCUGCAGAACAGUGCCGGCAGGGAGGUCCUCAUCAUGUGCCGCUCUCUGUAUGGUACCAAGCACCAACUGCCCCCACAGUGUAUUCGACAUAUAUCAGCCCUGAUCCUGGAUCAGCCUGGAUUCCUGCUGCCAGCCCUCAAGCUGAUGGCGGAGAGCCGAGACGUGGAGCUGCUCACGCUGACCCUGGAUCAGAUAAGAGCCGUCACCCAAGUAAACGAGCAGAACUGCGAUGAUGAGUUGCUGUCCCUCCUGCUGGAUGCUGACCUGCUGCAAGAGUGCUGGGGUACUGUUCUGUACCCCUGCCUCGUGGCCCACCUCCUGCUGCACUACGUGGAGAAGGGCUGGGACGUGGAGAAGACUGCCCGCAGGAUGCGCGAGGCCGGCCACGUUGCAGAGGCAGGGUCGCUGCUGCUGGCCUACAAGGGCACGCCCCCGGGUCAGGUCACCUUCAGCAUGGCCCUCGCCGUCGCACACCGGUGGCUGUAAACACGGAUGGCUCUGCGAUAGCACUGCCCCCUACAGGCCGGAGUACAGAAGUUCAGCCUGUGUGUUUUGACAGGAAUAUGAAUUCCACUCCAUUCACUGUUCUUUCACCGAAAGACACAAAAAUGUUCAUGUCUAACUGUUAACUUGUAACACUUUAUUAGGACAACAAAAAAUGCAAAAAAUUUCAAUUAACUAAUUAUUCACAGUGAAUUCUCUUAGAAGUCUUUGUUGACAGCUUCCACAGUGGAUCAGAUAGGUUUUGUUUGUGGGUGGGGUCUUUGUUGUUUUUUGGGUUUAUUCUAAACAAGCCGCUGCAGGCCCUGGCUACCGAGUUAUUGCCCAACACUCACUGCAUCUGCACUCCCGGCCGGGCAGAGCACAAUUGUUAUGCGAGUCUGUCCAUACGGAAUCGUCCCUUCAGCCACCCUUGGUGCACCAGUCAGCCGCAGUCUCACACUGCCACUUCAUUUCCAACGUGUGAAUUAAAAGACACACUAAUGUACCU